CGAUUUGUGGUAGUGAAAAUUUCAGACGACGAGCAGAAGGCACUCAUACUGCAAGUAUAUUUUUCGGUUCCGUCGUUUCUCGUCUUAAAUUCACAAUUAAUACACCGUGUUUUUUCCGGUUGUAUAAUUAAGAAAUUGAUCAUUAAGUUACGAAUCAUUACAGGCGCACGGUAGUACGUGAAUUCCUUCGGAACUAUUGAAUUUCUAUUUCGAUUUUGUGGAAAGUGAGAAAAAUCAGUCAAGAUGGCUUUGAGCGAUGCUGAUGUACAAAAACAGAUCAAACAUAUGAUGGCAUUCAUUGAGCAGGAGGCCAAUGAGAAAGCCGAAGAGAUCGAUGCCAAAGCCGAGGAGGAGUUCAAUAUUGAGAAGGGACGCCUGGUUCAGCAACAGCGUCUCAAGAUUAUGGAGUACUACGAGAAGAAGGAGAAGCAGGUUGAGCUGCAAAAGAAAAUCCAAUCCUCCAACAUGCUCAAUCAGGCUCGCUUGAAGGUGCUCAAAGUGCGUGAGGAUCAUGUGAGCAGUGUGCUCGAGGAUGCACGCAAGCGUCUGGGCGAGGUCACCAAGAACGAGAACGAAUACAAAACCGUUCUGGACAAACUGAUUGUGCAAGGCCUGUAUCAGGUGAUGGAGCCCAAAGUAACCCUUCGCUGUCGCGCAGUCGAUGUGCCCCUCGUUCGGGGAGUCCUUCAAUCCGCUGCUGAGCAGUACAAAUCCGCAAUGAGACAAGAAGUUGAGUUGUUCAUCGAUGAGAAAGAGUUCUUGGCAGCCGAUACCUGUGGCGGUGUUGAACUGUUGGCCUUGAAUGGACGUAUUAAGGUGCCGAAUACUCUGGAGUCCAGAUUAGAGUUGAUUUCGCAGCAGCUUGUGCCAGAAAUUCGUAACGCCCUGUUUGGCCGCAACGUUAAUCGCAAAUUCACCGAUUAAAUUUUUCUUUAAGUGCAAAAACAAAAACAAUACCAACAAACAAAGUUCAAGCUUAUUACAACAACAACAAGAAAAACAACAAGAAAAUACCACAACCCGAAGAAGAAAACUCAUACUCUUGAACUCAUUUAACAACAAAAACAAAAAAAAAAUUGUGUCUAUUAAUUAUAAUUAUUAUUGCCGUUGUCUUUUUAUAGUGAAACUGAGAAGAAAGAAGAGAAAAAUGUUUGGUCAGAUAUGUAGGCUACCAUUAUGUGUUACAAGUACUUACAUAUUUGCCAAUAAUUACAAUAUACAUAUAUAAUUUAGAGAAUAUUUCAACAGAUAAACCAAGUUCUAUAAGUGCAUUCAAAUCCGUAAAAGAGUUUGUUAAAGUUUGUUUUUAUGAAACUAACCGGCGUAAACAAUAUAAGCUAAUCAUAAUAACA